ACUGCAAGGGAGACAACGUGACUAAAUUAGAAAAUGAUCACCAAAGAACAGUACUGAUUUAGAAGAAAGCAACAUUUUCAAUCACCAAUAUCUCAUAUCCCAUAACUGGAUAUCUACAACAUGCUUCAGUGGAGGAGAAGACACUGCUGCUUUGCAAAAAUGAGCUGGAAUGCCAAGAGGUCUCUGUUCCGCACCCAUCUUAUUGGUGUGCUCUCUCUAGUGUUUCUUUUUGCUAUGUUCUUGUUUUUCAACCAUCAUGACUGGCUGCCGGGCAGAGCUGCAUUCAAAGACAAUCCUGUGACAUACACAUUCCGAGGAUUUCAUUCUACAAAAAGUGAGACAAACCACAGUUCUCUUCGGAACAUUUGGAAAGAAACAGUCCCUCAAACUCUGAGGCCUCAAACAGCAACGAACUCCAAUAAUACAGACCUGUCACCACAAGGAGUUACAGGGCUAGAGAAUACACUUAGUGCCAAUGGAAGUAUUUACAGUGAAAAAGGAACCAGAUACCCAAAUUCUUACCAUUUCAAAUAUAUUGUCAACGAACCUGAAAAAUGUCAGGAGAAGAGCCCUUUUCUAAUACUACUAAUAGCUGCAGAACCUGGACAAAUAGAAGCUAGAAGAGCUAUUCGGCAAACGUGGGGCAAUGAAAGUCUAGCACCUGGUAUCCAAAUCACACGAAUUUUUUUGUUGGGUGUAAGUAUUAAGUUAAAUGGCUACCUUCAACGUGCAAUACUGGAAGAAAGCAGACAAUAUCAUGAUAUUAUUCAACAGGAAUACUUAGAUACAUAUUAUAAUUUGACCAUUAAAACACUAAUGGGCAUGAACUGGGUUGCAACAUACUGUCCACAUAUUCCAUAUGUUAUGAAAACUGACAGUGACAUGUUUGUCAAUACUGAAUAUUUAAUACAUAAGUUACUGAAGCCAGACCUGCCUCCCAGACAUAACUAUUUCACUGGUUACCUAAUGAGAGGAUAUGCACCAAAUCGAAACAAAGAUAGCAAAUGGUACAUGCCACAAGACCUCUACCCAAGUGAGCGCUACCCUGUCUUCUGUUCUGGGACUGGUUAUGUUUUUUCAGGAGAUCUGGCAGAGAAGAUAUUUAAAGUUUCUUUAAGUAUCCGUCGUUUGCACUUGGAAGAUGUGUAUGUAGGGAUCUGUCUUGCCAAGUUGAGAAUUGAUCCUGUGCCCCCUCCCAAUGAGUUUGUGUUCAAUCACUGGAGAGUUUCUUAUUCAAGCUGUAAAUACAGCCACCUAAUUACCUCUCAUCAGUUCCAGCCUAGUGAGCUGAUAAAAUACUGGAACCAUUUACAACAAAAUAAGCACAACGCUUGUGCCAAUGCAGCAAAAGAAAAGGCAGGCAGGUAUCGUCACCGUAAACUACACUAGAAAAGACAGCCUUUUCUUUUUUUAAUGUGCAAUCUGUAAAAUAUUGCUAAAAGCAUGUAUAGUUAAAAUUGAUUACAUCCAUAGGACAAGUUUUAGUUAAAACUCACCACAUAAAAGAAUUCAAAAGAUAUAUUUUUAAUUUCUGAAGAAGGUAAUUCUUAAAACUACAACAUAUAUAACAAAAAGAUAUCCUAAAAGAGUCUAUUUAAAAAAACUGUUUAAAGGGAUUCUGUGUAUUACAUGCAAAAAUAAGCAUGCAUACAUCAAUGGUUCAAGUCUUAUGCUAGGAGGCCAGUAAGAUGUAUUUGCAUAUUACUUUUCAUGUACAUUUUAAUUUAAGAAAUGGAGAGAGUAAAAAGAACCUUGAUUUUAGAUGCAGUUUUUCAUUUCAUUAUAUAAUUAAAUGUAAAUAAAACAUUACUGUCAAUUUUAAGGAACCUUUGUAAUUGUGCAAGGACAAAUUCCGACCUGAUUAUUUUAGAGUUCUUAAAACUGUAUUCAUGCAAUAAGAUUUAGUUGAGGUAUCCCAAAAACACAUUUAUAAAAUUCAAAGGUUUCAUCAAUGCAGUUCUCACUGAAGUAUUUUUUUUGGUAUCGUUAAUAUACAAUCACUUGAGCAACAUUGUGUUUACUAGACUCCCCCUAUUAUCAAGUCCCCAGCACAUACCCCACUACAGUCACUGCCCAUCAGCAUAGGAAGAUGCUAUAGAGUCACCACCACUACUUGUUGAAGUACUUACUUUUUAAAAACAAUCGAGAUACUAAUUUUCUUUUAGUACAUAUACGGGGGAACUAUUUUGACAAGAUGUGAUAAAAUGUGAAAAAUCGAUGUCUCUCAGGCUUAAGUUUUUAUUUAAAAAAAAAAAGUAAAUGU